UCAGAUCACGUGACCCAACGGUAGCUCCGCCCACCGCCAGCUACAGGAGCUGCUGCUGUUUACACUCAGUGUGCCAGAGCUGUGUGUUUUUCUCCACAAAUCUCCACUGCCAAAUUCUCCCUCAUUAUGGGGGACAAGGCAGGCACCAGGGUAUUCAAGAAGUCCAGUCCAAAUUGCAAGCUUACAGUAUAUUUGGGGAAAAGAGAUUUUGUGGACCAUCUAGAUCAUGUGGACCCUGUUGAUGGCGUGAUUCUGGUCGACCCUGAAUAUCUCAAAGAUAGAAAAGUAUUUGUGACCUUAACCUGUGCUUUCCGGUAUGGCCGUGAGGACCUUGACGUUCUAGGGCUCUCCUUCCGAAAAGAUCUUUACAUCUACACUUUUCAGGCCUAUCCUCCCAUUCCAGAGGAUUCCAAGCCCAACAGUCGUCUGCAGGAGAGGCUUUUGAAGAAACUAGGACAGAAUGCCUAUCCUUUCCAUUUCAGUAUACCACAAAACUUGCCAUGCUCUGUUACUCUGCAGCCUGGGCCUGAGGACACAGGAAAGGCCUGUGGUGUGGAUUUUGAGAUCAGGGCUUUCUGUGCCAAAACGAUGGAAGAGAAGAACCACAAAAGGAAUUCAGUGCGUCUAGUGAUACGCAAAGUCCAGUAUGCUCCGGAGAAACCCGGCCCACAGCCGAUGGUGGAAACAACGAGGAGUUUCCUCAUGUCAGACCGGUCUUUACACCUAGAGGCUUCACUAGAUAAAGAGCUGUAUUACCAUGGGGAACCCAUCAGUGUUAACGUCCAUGUCACCAAUAACUCAACCAAGACUGUCAAAAGGGUUAAAAUAUCAGUACGACAGUAUGCUGAUAUCUGUCUCUUCAGUACAGCACAGUACAAAUGUCCAGUGGCUCAGAUAGAGGCAGAUGAUCAGGUGGCAUCCAGCUCUACUUUUUGUAAAGUGUACACACUUACACCCACUCUCAACAACAAUCGAGAGAAGAGAGGACUGGCGCUGGACGGAAAACUCAAACAUGAGGACACCAACCUGGCGUCCAGUACUAUUGUGAAAGAUGUGAGUAACAAGGAAGUUCUGGGUGUCCUGGUGUCCUAUCGGGUCAAAGUCAAGCUGGUGGUCUCCCGUGGAGGGCUUUUAAGCAGCUUGCUGGAGAGGGACGUCUCAGUGGAACUGCCUUUUGUCUUAAUGCAUCAAAAACCCACAGAUUCCACCUUUUUACAUUCAACCUCAGCUGCUCCAAUGUUGGAUCCACCAAUUGACACCAACUUGAUAGAGUUCGACACAAACAGCAGUUUAACCCCAGAUGACGACAUUGUAUUUGAGGACUUUGCUCGCUUGCGGUUAAAAGGAAUAAUCGACAAGGAAGAGGACUGCUGAAUUUAUCAUCUCGUUCAUCAAGAGCAGAAACGCUUCUCAUCAGAUUGUGCAGCUCAUCUCCUAAAGGGUGUAACAAUGAAACGAUUCUCAUCUCAUUACGACAGAAGCAGUAUUGGGGUAUUUUACUGAAAACUGGAGAAAAGUAAAAGACUUAUUAAUAUACAUUUGAAAAGCUAAUGAAGGAAGGGAUUCCAGGGAAUUUCGUACAUUUUUGCGUAAGCAUGUGAAAAUUAUAUCUCAUAUUGUGCCAGCUCUUAUGUCAUGGACGGCAAGCCAGUUUGUAAAGAUGGUGAAAUAUGCUCCAUAUUUAUUACUUUACAGAGACGGUCAUGUGAUCUAUGUACAGUUUGGACAGAUGGAUGGUUUCGUGGACAUGGGCUGUGCAUGUUUCUCAGUGCUGCUGUGAGGAUCAUAUGCGAUUGAGCACAUAUUGUUUUACUGCAGGAUGUAAAUAUAUGAAAGUGCUUUUAAUUUGUUUGACUGCUGCAUUGGUUUUAAAAAAAGUAAAUGUAUAGAAAUUUAACAUCCCUCAGGAGAAAGGAAAGUAGUUGUGUUAUUACAAAUUUCAUACAUACAGAAUACACUGUUUGCCAUUUUAUUUUUCUCUUAAAACUGAAUUUUUAUUUAAUUUUCUAAAAUAAAACUAAUAGAAA